AUGGGUGAGGGUUCUGCUCCUGGUAAGGACGCGAAGGGAAAGGGGAAGGCCAAGGCCCCCGCCCCGGCUUCGGCGCUGGUCGCUCGCGACGACUCCUACCUGGAGGCCGUCACACAGAAGAGGAUUCGCUUGUUCGAGGAGAUCCAGGCAAGGCAGGCCGUCGAGCGGCUGAAUAUCGGCGGCGAAGUUAUCAAGAUAACUCUGCCUGAUGGCGCAAUCAAAGAGGGGAAGAAAUGGAUUACAACCCCGAUGGAUAUUGCUAAGGAGAUAUCUAGUGGAUUCGCAGCUAGUUGUUUGAUAGCUCAAGUGGACGAAAAACUCUGGGAUAUGGGGAGGCCACUGGAAGGUGACUGCAAAUUGCAAAUGUUCAAGUUUGAUACCAAUGAAGGCCGUGACACCUUUUGGUACUCAAGUGCUCAUAUUCUUGGAGAGGGUUUCUACUAUGAUGCUUACUACAAUGAUCUGACUUUAAACGAGGAGCACUUUGGUGUCAUUGAAAACCAAGCUAAAAAGGCUGUUGCGGAAAAGCAACCAUUUGAACGCAUCGAGGUCAGCAGGGCAGAAGCUCUUGAAAUGUUUGCUGAAAAUAAAUUCAAGGUUGAAAUCAUUAAUGAGUUGCCCGAGGACAAGACCAUUACAGUAUACAGGUGUGGUCCUUUAGUUGACCUAUGCCGUGGGCCACACAUCCCAAAUACAUCCUUCGUCAAAGCUUUUGCUUGUCUGAAGGCUUCGUCAUUAUAUUGGAGAGGAAAAGCAGACCGCGAAAGCCUGCAGAGAGUAUAUGGAAUAUCUUUCCCUGAUUCUCGACGUCUCACGGAAUAUAAACAUUUUCUAGAGGAAGCUAAGAAACGUGAUCAUAGGAUACUAGGGAAAGCACAGGAACUCUUCUUUUUCCAUGAACUUAGCCCUGGAAGCUGCUUCUUCCUUCCACAUGGUGCUAGGAUAUAUAACAAACUGAUGGACUUUAUGCGACAACAGUACAGAGAUAGAGGAUACCAAGAGGUGUUGAGCCCAAAUAUUUACAAUAUGCAACUUUGGGAAACUUCCGGACAUGCUGCAAACUACAAGGAGAACAUGUUUGUUUUUGAGAUUGAGAAACAGGAAUUUGGGCUGAAGCCAAUGAAUUGUCCUGGCCACUGUCUAAUGUUUAGGGUCCGGUCAUACAGAGAGUUGCCUCUUCGCAUGGCUGAUUUCGGAGUGCUUCAUAGAAAUGAGCUUAGUGGCGCACUUACAGGUUUGACACGUGUUAGAAGAUUCCAGCAGGACGAUGCUCAUAUCUUCUGCAGAGAGGACCAAAGACCAGAGAAGUAUCUAGGUGAAAUUGAAACUUGGAACAAAGCAGAGCAACAAUUGACAGAAGCCUUGAAUGAGUUUGGGAAGCCGUGGAAGCUGGAUUUUCAGCUGCCCAUUCGGUUCAAGCUGACUUAUUCUGCUGAGGAUGAAGCAAAAAUUGAAAGGCCUGUGAUGAUACACAGGGCAAUCCUAGGUUCUGUUGAAAGGAUGUUUGCCAUUCUUUUGGAGCAUUACAAUGGUAAAUGGCCCUUAUGGCUAAGCCCUCGCCAGGCCAUUGUUUGCUCGGUAUCUUCUGGUUCAGUGGAAUAUGCGAAACAGGUUCUUGCCACGCUACAUGAAACUGGUUUCCAUGUUGAUAUUGACGUGAGUGACAGGACAAUACAAAAGAUGGUACGGGAAGCCCAAGUAGCCCAAUUCAACUACAUUCUUGUCGUAGGUGCACAAGAGGCCGAGACUGGAAAUGUCUGCGUUAGGGUAAGAGACAAUGCCGACCUGGCCACAAUGAGCGUUGAUAGCCUCAUCACACGUUUCAGGGAGGAAAUCGGAGCCUUCAGAUGA